GUGGCUUGGCGCCGGACGAGAAUGGCCGCCUAAUCUCCUCGCUCCGCUCCCGACCGCCCCAUAAGCACAUCUAAACAGCGCAAUCUGGCACCCAUGGGACGCACCAAGCGAGCCCAAAUGACCCCCUCCACGCCAAGAACUCAGGGGAACAACCCGCACCCCUCGAUCAGAAGCUACCUGCACACCCCAGGCGAUCUUCUCACACAGGAGGAACUAUCCAAUAUGGCGCCCUCCUCACCGAGCUCCACACUAUCGGAAGAAGUCCCCAACACUGGAACGAACGGAACUGCCGCGCCAGCACCAGACUGGUAUGCCCUUUAUGCAUCCCUACCUAAGAAGGAGGACUUCCACUCCCUCCUGGAAGAGGUUAAAACCACGCUGCACACAGAAAUAUCAGCUCUGGGCUCCUCCAUUACAGCACUAGAGACCAGAGUGCAGGCCCUGGAAUCCCGACGCCCCGACCUGCCCUGCCCGGCGCUCGCAGCCACGACAGCACAGGCUAAACAGAUCCAGGACCUACGCUUACACAUUGAAGACCUGGAUAAUCGCAGCCGCAGACACAAUAUACGGGUAAGAGGAUGCAGGGAAACAGACCCCCCAGAAGACACGAGGGCCAUUUUGACACCACUCUUUAACCGUAUCCUGAACCGGCCAAGAGACGCCCGCAUCCCCAUAGACAGAGCACACAGGGCCCUGAGGCCUAAGCCCCUGCCAGGUGCCCCUCCUAGAGACAUAAUUUGCCACAUCCCAGACUUCCAACUUAAGGAAGAAAUUAUGAGGAAAGCCCGGACGGAGAGGUCCUGGAGGCAUGAGGGGCAGACGGUCGAACUAUAUAACGACCUCUCCCACCUCACCCUACAGGCCCGAAGAGCGCUGCGGCCCCUUACCACCGCCAUGCAGGAGGCCCAAAUACGCUACCGCUGGCAAUUCCCAUUUGCCCUAACAGCUCGGCGAGAUGACACCGAAGCCACGAUAAGAUCACCACAAGACGUACAAGCCUUCCAAGAAGCCCUUGGCCUCCCACAAAUGCCCAUCGCAGACUGGACAAAUUGCCCGAUGAAUGAGCGCUUCACAGGGCGACCAACCCGCCGCCACAUCCAGCAGGGACCAAACGCUGAAUUUACCUCUCUACAGCAAGCGAGCCCAGAGGAAUAAACCUACCCCGUUUGCCUGAGAAAUCGCUGAAGACUCCACGCUGACAUUUUUUCUGGGAUCACGGGGCACCCCCCUCUUUUUCUUUCCCUUUUUUUUUUUUUUUCUCUUCUUCCCCUCCUCUCUCCUCACUCCAUCAAGGAACGACGAAACAUGACCGGAAGAAACAAAGCUAUGGACAACUACACCAGCCGUCCAACAGACCCAGGACACUCGUACAAAAUAAAUGUGGCCACCAGCAAACAUCUACACCACACUCGCCACUCCUCGCACAAGGAACCUGUCAGCGGACUAAGCUCACCCCUACACGACCAGAGAACAUGAGCCCCCGUCAAGAAGGACCCAACACUGCACAAGUACCCCCACGGGCAACUGAUAAGUGGCCUAACACUGCCACACAAUGGACUCCCUCCAGAAGAAGAGAGAACUCAAAAGCGCAAGUACUAUGCCAGGGGUCACAACGCCCCAAGACUAUACACCAACCACACGCUUUACAUAAAAUACUACUAAC